AUGAAGAGGAAUUGUUUCGUUGAUCUCAUCAUUCUUGUCCUCUGCAUGGUGACAAUUUGUCACGUAGUGGUUGGAAAGAACGAGUACACAAAACUCUUCGAGAAGUGUACCAACGAAAAGAAUACUUUUAAUUGUUUGAAGAGGCGUGCGUUGGAGAUAUUCGAUUCUGCUAUUGACGAUGAUUCGGUUUACGUCCUGAACGACUUCAUCUCGAUCGGAAGGGAUCCUACAUCCUCGGUUAGGAGUAAUAAGGAAAUGAAGAUACCUGCUCUGAAUCUCACGGAGAAAAGUCUUGACGAGCAACUGGAUAAUAAAUUUCACGACUAUUUGUCAUCGAGGAACAUACGCUUGACGAUACCUGGAAACACCUUCGAAGGUAGAAGAAAGAAAGACAAAGGAUAUGGAGGGAUACUAAUGGCUGGUCUAGCUAUGGCAGGAAUGUUAGCUCAGCUUGCUUACGGAAAAAUUGCAUUCCUUGCUGGUACCGCAUUGUUAACGGCGAAGAUAGCAUUGGUUCUGAGCGCGAUAAUUGGCUUGAAAAAAUUAGUAUCGAGCGGAGGUGGAGGGCACGAGGUGAUUUACGCAACGGCUUCGGAACACCAUGGUGGUUAUGGCGGUGGUUAUGGUGGUGGCUGGCAAAGGGCUCUGGAAGGAAUACCUCCGAGUUGA